CACAAUCCACCUCAGGAAGAAUGUCCUUCCUUGCCUUUCGGUUCUUCGCCAGGUUGGCUCUGCUCAAAGUGCAGGAAGGGGGAUAAAGCGCAGGACGGCCUUCUGGAAACCUCAUCCCCGGGUCCUUUUUUAAUAUGGAUUUCUCCCAUCUGAUUAAAGCACCCACCUCUGUGCUGUUGGAAACAUCCUAGGGGGUUGACUUUGAGAAUGAACGGUGAUGUUCUCUAGCCAUUCAUAACGUCGUUGGGCGCCCACCUUCUUGCCUGCGGUUCUGAGCCCAUGUGCUGCGGCUGACGGGAGAGUCUUGGAUCUUCUGCCAAAGAGGGGCUAGCCGAAGGCCGAUGACAGUCAGCUAUGACUGUCCAGAAACUGGUCGCCACGGCCGUGUUGGUGGCUCUGGUCUCACUUAUUCUCAACAACGCCGCUGCCUUUACCCCCAACUGGGUGUACCAGACCUUGGAGGAUGGGCGCAAGCGCAGCGUGGGGCUGUGGAAGAUGUGCUGGCUGGCAGAGAAGGGGAGAGGAGGUGCGGGCAUGGGUGCCAGGCACGGGCAAGGGGAGGAGCGCGAAUGCGAAUCCUUGGGCUGGGGGUCAGAGCCAGCCGGGUUCCAGGAAUCUCGUAGCACUGUCAAAUUGCAGUUUGACAUGAUGCGGGCCUGUAACAUGAUCGCCACAGUCGCUCUGACAGCCGGUCAGCUCCUCUUCAUGCUGGGCCUGGUGGAACUGCCCAUCGUCUCCCAGGAUACCCAGUGGUGGGAGGAAGCCAUCGCUGCUGUGUUCCAGCUUGCCAGUUUCGUGCUGGUGAUUGGGAUGGUGACGUUCUAUCGUAUUGGACCCUACACCAGUCUGUCCUGGUCCUGCUACCUGAACAUUGGGGCGUGUCUCCUGGCCACAGCCGCUGCUGCCAUCCUCAUAUGGAACAUCAUUCACCGACGAGAGGACUGCAUGGCGCCCCGAGUCAUCGUCAUCAGCCGCACCUUGACGGCUCGUUUCCGACGUGGCUUAGAGAACGACUAUGUCGAGUCGCCGUGUUGAGAAGCUGGGCGUGAAAGGGGAGGCUUGCUCGGGAAGAUUUACAAAUGGAUUGCUUUCUAUAAAUACAGCAUGUAAUUUAAACACUGACGAGUGGGGAGGGAAAUGAUGAUUCCCUUUUCGGUUAAAGAAGCCCAACGCUAUUAACAGGAUGGGCCAAACCAUUAUACAUAUGUACAUUAUACACCAUCCCUCUCCAGUGAUGUACAGUGUAAAAAUAUUAACAGCUCAACUACCUUUACGGAACUUCGAGCACAGGACAAGGAGACUGGAUCUGGGGGAGACUACAAUGAAUCUGGUCGGAUUAUGGGAACGGGGAUGGAAGUGGCAGUCCAAUAUUCCAAGUUUGACCCUUACUUUGAGAGAAGAAUCAGUUCAAGGGCUCAGCUAUAGAAACGGCCCUUUCUUGGAACCAACAACAUGAACAGCUCUAAGAGGAGGCAAUCGCUUGGCCCAAGCCGUUUUUACCGCCCACAUCACACAAUCUGAAGUGCUUCUAUAAUAUUUCAGGUUAUCGGGGACAACCAGCUGACUUCAGGUGAACCUAUGGUUGGAUGCAAAAACAGUGAUUCCCACAUCAGUGCCUGGCAAAAGUUAAGGGCAAAAUUCUAUUAUAUGUAAUGGGAGGGGUUUUUUUAAAAGAGGGAGAGAGAAUGAAAAAUUAAGACUUCCAGCUUGUCUAGAUGAUACUGGAUUUAUAUCCCACCCUAUACUCUGAAUCUCAGAGCUGUCACAAUCUCCUUUACCUCCCCCUCCCACAACAGACACCCUGGGAGGUAGGAGAAAUCUUACAGCAGCUUCAAGGACAACUCCUACGAGAGCUAUGGCUGACCCAAGACCAUUCCAGCAGCUGCAAGAGGAGGAGUGGGGAAUCAAACCCGGUUCUCCCAGAUAAGAGUCCACGCACUUAACCACUACACCAAACUGGCUCCCAUACGCACUCGCUGGAACACAAAUAGAGAAGAAUCAAAAGCAGUAAACAAACAGGGCUUCCAAGAGCCACCAUGAGCCCCCAAAGAGCCAACUGCUACAUUUAAGUCCCCUCAAAUUCACAAGAAGCAUUCAUGUUCCUUGACUAGGAUGCUUAUGUUUCUUAUAUAUCCCACAGGCAUCUUGCCUGGUAGUCCCUCUCCAACUUUACAUCUCUAUCCCCCCACCCUUCCCUCAGCAGCUCGAGAGAAAGCAUCAUUCGGUUUCGCACCCCCCCCCAACAACAGUCAUUUGUGCUAGGUCCAUAUUUUAAGAUUUCUCAAAGGCUAAUUACUCUUACAUUUAAAUGUGAAAAAACCCAUGUCAGAAUAAGAAUGAUACAGAACAAGCACCACAUAUAAGUAGUCUGGAAUCCCUGGAAGCAUGGCAUCAAAACUGUUCUUAAAAACUCAAUCAUGCAGUAAACCUGACCACAAGUUGUGGUUCUGUGAUGCACGCAACCUUGUGAUCAUGUUUCCUCUCCUGAUCUAUAAGGAAGCUACGUGGGUCGCAGAGUCACUGAGCUUCAGAUGGCGGGAGAAUGGCUUAUCGAUAAACCAGGAGGCAAACACACGCACACAUGGCUCUCUCUGUUCUAAAGCGUUUAUCGGUGUUUCUCUCAACGAAUCAGGUCCAUUACAAGAGAUUAUAGACAGUUUGAUAGCACCUCCAAUGUGGUACAAUGAAUUCUUAAUUGGCUAACUGAUCAUGACCUCAGAACUUUGCCCCAAUCCCAAGUUACAUGAGCAGGUGCACAGGUGUGUUUUGUAGAAAAAGCCCAGCAGGAACUAAUUUGCAUGUUAGGCUACACUCCCCUCACACCAAGCCAGCCGGAACUAUGUUCCUGUGCAUUCCUGCUCGGAAAAAGUCCUGGAAACAAGGAUUUUUAAAUAAAUUUUCCCCCUUCCCCCCAAGUUGAAGCAUUUGAAUUUUUUUAUCACCAAAGCAUAGUGUUUGAUGGCCCUUUGGGGCAGACCCUAUGACAUGCCAUUGCUCUCAAGCCAAGCAGGAAUGCAAAUGUGACAACUAGCAUAGAUAGACGUCACACCCUUUGAACCCUGGCCAAGUCAGCCAGAACUGCUUUCCUGCUAAAAAAAACCCAACCCCCCCCCUGGUUUUUAGUAACUUGCAUUGAGCAAGUGGUCUGAUUCUCCUCUUGAUUUCAGGUGCCCACCAACCUCCACUCCACAGGAAGUCUCCAGAGUUCCUUCAUAAUGUUCCCUGAGAACCAUCUACCGUGAGCUACGGAUAAAUCAUAUAGCCAAAAGACCAGGCUGCCUUUCCAUCUACCUGGUUUGCUUUCCGGAAAAACCCCAUAGUUCCUGGAACAAAAUGUGCUCUAAUAAACUGCAUUUUUAAUAGAUUAAAAAUAUUGGAAUAUUUAAGAUAUGUUAUUUCAGCUAUUACUGUAAUAACCAUAUUAUUAUUAUGUGAAAUUAAAACCAAUAUUGACCAUGCAGUCAAUUUCACUGUA